AGUCAACUCGUCGCCGCUCUCGAAUCCCAAAACACCGGGUUGCAAUUCCGGGACGUACGGAGCAGGUCCGCGGGAGAACCAACCAUAAAUGUUUGCAUUCCUCCGUCGCGCCCUCGUAGUUUCCGUAGUUAACCCAGUUCGAGUAGCCCAACCGGCGGCCCAAGCUCUUUCCCGACGACCGCUUUCCUUCCUGGCGCAGAUGGCCGAAGCGGUUGAGCAAAAGAUUGCCGACGGCAAGAGCCGGCACGAGGACCGCAAGCGGCAAAAGCAGGACCGCUACAACGGUGCCGUGAAGAAGCGCAAGUGGGAGGAUCCUCCGGCGGAUCCGGACGCGGUUAGGAACUUUGAUCCGGCGUCGCGGGUGAAGAAGCGGAAGUGCAUCAUUUUGAUGGGUUAUUCGGGGGUGAAUUACUUUGGGAUGCAGCGGAACCCGGGCACGAAGACGAUCGAGGAGGAGCUGCUGGUGGCGAUGCUGAAGAAUGAGUGGAUCAGUGAUGAGGCGUUCAAGCAGCCGCAGCAGAUUCAGUUCCAGCGGGCGGCGCGGACUGACAAGGGAGUGUCCGCUGCGACGCAGGUGGUGUCGAUAAAGCUGCCGGAGAAUUUGGAUAUUGCGGGGCUUAAUAAGGAUCUGCCGGAACAGAUUCGGGUGUUUGCGGUGAAGCGCGUGACGAAGGGAUUCAACUCCAAGUCGAACUGUGACGCCCGGACGUACACGUACACGCUGCCGACGGUGGCCUUUGCCGCGCAUGGUGAGGAGGUGUCCGUUGAAACGUAUCGUGCGCCGGAGGAUCGGAUCCAAAAGGUUCAAGAAACGCUGAAGCUCUUUGAGGGAACGAAAAACUUCCACAACUUCACCAGCCGCAAGGAGUUCAUCGAUCCGUCGGUAAAGCGGUUCAUCAUGUCGUUUGAGUGCGAAGCGCCCUUCGUCCCGGAAGGAACGACCGUCGAAUUCGCCACGAUCAAGAUCAAGGGCCAGAGCUUCAUGCUGCACCAGAUUCGUAAAAUGGUCGGCCUAACGCUGGCCGUCGUCCGUGGACUCACGCCGCCGGAAACCAUCACGAAAGCGUUCGAGGAAACCCGUUACGGCGUGCCAACGGCGCCCGGCCUCGGUCUCGUGCUCAGCCGGAUCCACUACGAAAAGUACAACGUCCGGUACGGCGCGGACGGAUGCCACGAGACGUUGGACUUUGAGCAGGAACAGGACCAGAUUCAGAGCUUCUUCCGCGAGCACAUUGCGUCGACCAUCGUGAAGACGGAGCUGGCCCAGCGGUCGAUGGCGGAGUGGCUCGAGACGCUGCCGCUGCACAGUUACGAGCCGCGGGAAGAGGGCGAAGAGUGGCGAGGUAAGCGGAAAGCGGAUGACGAAGGGGACGAUGACGAUGAGUAGGAGAUUUUGCUACUCUCAACUUUGAAGUAGUUCUGCUGUGGGAGAUU